UUAGAAAAAGAUUUAAUAAUUGGUGAAAACUAUUUCAAUACUUCAUCUUUUCCGGAACCUCUUCGUCUUUACCACGUGCUAAGUCGACUGACAAUGACUUAGUGAGUGACGUACGAGAUUAACAUUAUUGACAUACGAUCGAUCGAGGGAAAAAGUUUUGUGACGUGUGUUGCCUACAUUGUGGGGAAGUUAUUUUGAGGGACGUGCGUUAUAGUACAAAAUGAAGUUCAAAAAUUAUCUUCAAGAUUAGACUAGAUAAAUGUCAUUGUGAAAGGAACGUAUUUUCGAUGUUAUCCUUCAACAGUGCUAGAGGGACCAAGAGGGCCAUUCAUCGGCAAGAAAUGACUGUGUGAAAGUACCUGCCACCCAAAACCCUUUGGCGUGGGUAGCAUAUUCCAACUCCUGAAAAUCCCCAAAAUUGUACACAGUUGCAUGCUAAAUAUGCAAGUUUUAAUUAUAUGUGAAUGUUUGAGCAGCUUUUUUGUUUAGAGGAGCUAACUUGUGUUGAACAUAUUUUUUUAUAAACAGCGUUGCGUGAGUAGUACAGAUUUAACCUACUUGACGACAUUUUUUGCAUGACAAUUGCAAAAACCACCUUAUUUCAAAGAUAAUGAAAUUGUGCAUCCGCCUUUAUAUUUCAAUUUGCGCAUACGUAUUAAGUAGUAUUUCUUCACAAUCCUUUGAUGAGAACAUAUAAUUUUGCAAUACCUAAAACAAUUAGUAAUAGAUUUCAAGCACUAAAACGCCGAGUAUUGAUAUUUCUCGUACUUGGUAGUAAUGAGUGAAGUAAUCUACCUACUAUAUGAUAUAACUUGAUUUUCAUAUUUUAUUCUGGUUACUGACACAGGAAUCAGAUAUGGCAAACGCAGUCCUACCAAACAUAAUAACCAGUAAAAAUCACGACAACCGAUCGCCUUGGAUGAAGCGUUUCAGCGCUUCAGGAAAAUCGGGGAGACCAGCAAACCUCCUAGGCACUAUCAUACUGAGACCUCCAGACAAAACGGUGACAGAGAAGAUCGUCGAAUCUCAACAGAUUUCAAUAAAGGAGAAUUCCAGUAAUGCUGUGCAAGAUUCACAGCCUCAAAGAGGAAAUGUAAUUGAUUGGUUUUUAGGGGUUGUAGGAGCUAGGCCUCCAGAAAGCAAUCAACCUGGGGAAGCAGGUUCACCACAAGUUGUUAGUGAUUGUCCACCUUGCACGUGUGGUGAGGUACUGCAACACGUGCGAAUUGUCGGAGGCAUCGAAACAUUGGUUAACGAAUUUCCUUGGAUGACGGCAUUGAUGUACAAUAACAGGUUCUACUGUGGAGCUUCUCUCAUCAAUAACAAAUACGUUCUGACAGCAGCACAUUGCGUUAACGGCUUCUCUAAAGAAAGAAUCACUGCAGUAUUCUUAGACCACGACAGGUCCACUUCUACGGAAACGCAAACGAUAACCAGGAAAAUAAAAACAGUCCACAGGCAUCGAUCUUAUGGAUCUGGCAGCAACUACAAUAAUGACAUAGCUGUGCUCCAGCUUGAUGAGGAGGUGUCUCUAAGUGGGAAGUUACAGCCAGUGUGCUUGCCACCGACUGGAAAAAGCUUUUCUGGAUAUACAGGAGUGGCAGUGGGUUGGGGAGCUACAAAGCAAAAUGGCCAAACAGCAAGCAAAUUGCAAGAAGUGAAAGUGCCAAUUAUGUCAAAUGUAGACUGCAAAAAAACGGGCUAUGGAAGUAGGAUUACGGACAACAUGGUCUGCGCUGGAUACCCUGAAGGGAAAAAGGAUUCUUGUCAGGGUGACAGCGGUGGACCAUUGCUUGUUCAGAAUGGAACAGCUUAUCAAAUUGUAGGUAUAGUUUCAUGGGGAGAAGGCUGUGCUCAAGCAAAUUACCCUGGUGUAUACACGAGAGUCAACAGGUAUAUAUCGUGGAUAAAGAGUCUUACACGGGAUGCCUGCUAUUGCUAAGUUUAUUUAUGUAUUUAACUAAUUUAAUAAUACAUGUUUCCAAAUAUCA